GAAGGCUAUGAAUGUGAUAUCCGACUUUUUGGUCUUUGCAACAGUGUGGGUAGUUAUAGCAUUGCAUUCGGAAGUCGAUUGCAAAGAGAAAUGCUACUACAUCAAUUUGCUUUCCUCAAACUGGACAGAUGACCGCCCACGAUUUGUUGUUAAUAUGACGUUUUCAAGCCAAAAUGGCAUCGCAUCUAUAACUACCAUUAACGAUCCUGUUGCAUCCCCUGUCGCGAGACUAUUAAUAGUACAACAAAGUCCCAACGAAAGUAAGCGCAUUGUUUACAACAUGACGACCAAAUUAUGCGCCAUAAAGGGUAUGAUUGACGCUGUUCCACUCUUCAAGCCUGUCAAGGAUAACAUGCUGAAGCAGAGCAACUAUACAUUCAGCUGUCCUCUGAAAAAAGGAGUCUAUGUAAUGAACAACAUGCGCAUCAAUCCGAAAAACCCUCUUCUCAGCGUGCUAUACCAGGCCAAAGGCACAUUCACGGUUAUGGGUGCUUUGCUUGAGGAAUUGCCCAAUACUCAAAUGCAUCCAUUGUCCACGUACAACAUUGAAGGAAAAAUCUUAAAAAAGCCUUGUGGUCGACUUGAGUAAACAUAUGAAAAAACUUUACCAAUUUGUUAAAACAUUUUUAUUUAUAUCUUUGGCAUGGAGAGAAUAAAAACAAA